AUGAGUAGCGUGUACAUUUCUGUAAUAAUUUUAUCUGCUCUUUUUUCUUUUCUUAAUAUAAAUAUUAUAAGGUCAUAUAGUAUAUAUGGAAAUUUAAAAACCUGUAAGAUAACAUAUUUAAAUAUUUCUAAGGAUUCAAAUGAUAUAAAAAUAGAUGUUACAGAAAAUUAUAGCAUGUUGGAAAAAGAAGAAAAAAAGAAAAACAGGUACUCAUUUUCACCUAUGAAAAGAAAUAGUAUAAAAGAUAUUAAAAGAAGAAUGAAAUAUAGCGGAAACAAUGUUAAGGUAAAAAAUAGUAAAUUUUUAAAAAAUAAAGACAUAAAUAAAAUAUUAAUUGAUGAUAUUAAUAAAGAACGAUUAAAAGCAGAUAUAAAAGCAAUAGGUACAAGUAAUAUAAAUGAAAAUUUAAUUAAUCAAAAUAUUUUACCUUUACCAGUAGAAGAAAAAUUAUCACCCACAUACAACUGUUUGGUAUUAUGUAAGGGAAUGCCAUUUCAUGUUGAUAGUACCCAAAUAAAAGAUUUUUUUAAGCCUUAUAAAAUUAUAGAUAAAUAUAUUAUAUUUAUUAAAGACAAGAAAGGAAAUUUUUUUGGAGAUGUUAUUGUACGCUUUAUAAAUAAAGAGCAAAAGUAUUUGGCUAUAAAAAAUAAAAAUUAUAAAUUCUUAUUACAUAGAUAUAUACAGUUAUUUAAUAUUAAUGAAGAACAUUACGAGGAAUAUUAUAAUAUAGGGUACAAAAAUCCCCCGUCAUAUAAAAAUUACGUCCCAAUUAAAUAUGUAAUUGUGCCAAAUGACCUUGUCAAUAUUGGCAGGAUAAGCAGGGUUAGCAAUAGUAGCAACGCUAGCAGUAGUAGCAGAGUCGGUAGUGUAGGCAGCAUAGAGGGUACAAUUAACAAUGAGGAAGAGCAAUUUCAUUCGUUCGUGUCUGACCGCAAUUAUGAUGAUGAUGAAGACACAAAAGAGCUAAGAAAAAAAAUAAAUCCUGUAGGAAUAUUACUAAAAAAUAUUUAUACAGGGAAAAAACUAAGAGGAAGAAUUACGUCAGUGCACGAAUAUGGUGUUUUUGUUGAUUGUGAUGUUUAUAUAAAAGAUAAAAAUAAUCGUUUUAUAAAAAUUUUAUCACUCCUACAUAAAAAUAAAUUGACCAUAAACAUCGGUUUACCCUCGUAUCCUCUACAUGAACAAGAGGACAAAGAAUUAAUACUGCAGAAAAACAUGAACAUCAUUGUAUAUGUCGACAAAAUUAUAAAAAAACAAAUAGAUGAAGAAGGAGAGGGUAACCACCGUAGCGAAGACUACAUCGAUAUAGUGCAUAAGGAGGAUAAUGAGCUUGCUAUCCACACGUCUGAUAAUUCAAAGGAUAAGAAGUUAAUUUUUUUUAAUCUCACCCUCGAUUCGUCCAUAACAGAAGAAAAAAUUAAGUGGUUUCGAAUGAUGAAAUUAAAGAGGCAAUCUAUUCAAGAAAGGUUGAUGAACUCAAAUGUUACUCUAUUAAAUUUACCUUCAGAAAAUGAAGCAAAAACAUACAACAAGGGGUGGUCCUAUGAGACACCUAACCAACAUAUGAAAAAACCACCUACAAAAGAAGAAGAAGCAAAAAAGAAUAGUUCAGAAAAUAUGUAUAAAAAUACAGGGAUAAAUAAAGAAAACAUGAAUAAUGAAAAUAGUGGAAAUACAAGUCAACAAAAUUAUUUGCAGCUUCCCCAAAAUACGGACAAUCUUAAAAUUGAAAGGUCGAAAUUGACAAAAAAUGUAAAACUUAAGAAAAAUGUUGGUAAUAGGCCUAGCAAAAUAUAUUUAAUGAAUAAUAGAAACUAUAAGAGUAUGGAUAUUAGCGAAGUAUACAAUAAAGUAAAAAAGGUUAAAAUGGUACGAUGUCUGAAACACAACAAUGGGGAGAAGGAAGAAUACAAGGAAGAGGUGGAAGAGAAAGGAAAAAACAAAAAAAAUAAUUCCACAUCAGACGGAGAGGAUAAAAAAGAGAUAAACAAAAGUAGCAAUCAAGAAAAGGGAGCAAAAAUUGACCCAAAAAAUGAUGCAAAAAAAAAAAAAAAAAAGGAAAAAAAAAAAAAAAAGGAAAAAAUCAUAGAUGAUACUAGCCUUUAUGAUGAGUAUGAAAAUUAUGAUGACGUUUUCAAUGUCGAUUCAAGUAGUAUAGAGGCACAGGAGGAAGUCUAUGAAGAACCCCCAGACGAUGCGAAUAAGGACGAAGAUACUGAUGAACGGGGAGGUACAGAUAGUCAUGACGACAAAGGGCAUAAAGGAAUAACAAAGAACAGGAAAAUUAAAAAGAACGUAAAAAAUCAUUACACUGAUGAAAUGAAUAGUAUACUUAGCGAAAUUUUUAGUGGAAAUGAAGAAACGAACAAUUUCCAAAGUGAAUCCGUUCGAAAUAACGAUGCGCAAAAUAGUCAAAGUGGAAAGAAUAAAAAGAGGAAGAUGUUAAACGUUGCCCGAAAUACAGGUGGGGAGAAUGCCGAUAAUAAUGGUAAUAUUGCACAUAAAUGUGAAAAUACAGUAAUUAUGAAAAACUUUGAAAAUAAUAAAGAUAGAAUGAAAUGGACAAAUGAUAUAAGAAAAGAAGAAUCGCUGCUUUAUUCUAAACUUUUUGGCCUAAAAACUGAUAUAAAUGAUUUCUACUCAAAUGGAACAAGUGUUAAGGAUACCUCCAAAAAAGGUAAAGAAUUAAGUGAUACAGAAGAACAUAUUAAAUUGAAUGAAAAGGAAUCAAGUCGGGCUAUUCCAAAUGAUGAAAAAGAGAACUUGGAAUGGGGUGGAGGUUUAGGAUCUUCGCGAAAGGGGGAUAUGAAUGGAGGCGAGGAGAAGGGGGAAGAGGAUGAGGAAGAAGAUCGUGACAAACAGAACGAAACCAACAACUCCCCGUUUAAGAGAAAAUUACGCAAAAGUGAUAAUGUUAUGAUAAGUGCCUUAUUAAAGGGUGAUAGUGAUACCCUUGACUUUUCUCAUUUCUCUGAUAUGUCAAUGGAGGAGCUAAAAAAAGAGAUAUACAAAAGGAACUUUUUAUUACCAGUAGAAAUAUCAAAAGACAGUUUAAGAAAUAGGUUAAUACAAAUAUAUAUUUGUGAAAAAAAAAAAAUAAAAUUUGAUAAUUACCCUAUUAUAAGGUAUUAUUUGUUUGAUUUCCAUUUGAGAGAUGAAGAAAUGAAAUUACUGAUAUUAGCAAACAGAAAAUUUUUAAAUAAAAAAAAUAUAAAUAAACAAUUAUUAAAUACAUUAGAUACAAAUGAGCUGAAGUAUUUGCUGCACAAAUCUAUGGAACAUUUCCGAUUAUGGGAACCACAUGAUUCGGUUAAGAGAAAAAUUUUAAAUUUAAACAAAGACUUGUUAUUAAAACAAAACAUAAGUAAUACUGAUAAUAUUGAUCAGAAGAAUUUAAUAAUAUUAUGGAAUGAUUUUAAGGAUUUCAUGUUAAAUUUUGUAUAUACAUGUGAUGAUCAUUAUGACACGUUUGAAAAUAUGAACAAUUUGCAUUUUAGCAGUAGUGAUAGCUCAUCAUCGUCCAUUAGUGCAUAUAGCAACAGUAAUAGGAAUAGCAAUAGUAAUAGUGGGGGCACAAAUGAAUAUAUAAGCAGAAUGAAUAAUAUGGAAAAGGAAAAUUUUUUCACAAGUAAUAAUGAUUUAUUUAAUGAUAUGCAAGAAAGGGAAAUAAAUAAAAACAAGGAUGAAAAUAAAAAUUCUUUUGAUCAGGCAUUAGAUUCUUUAAAUAAACAUUUUGAAGACAACGAAGUUGAUGACUUACCAGAAAAAAUAGAUUUAAAAGAAGCAAUGAAACUUUUGAACAACAGAACAUAUCUAAAAAAGAUUAAACGUUUUAUGAACAAAACAUCAGAUAAUGUAACAGAUGAAGAUUACAUUCAGAAAAUUAUUCAGCAUAUUUUGAAACAUAAGAAAUAUUUUAAGGAAAACCUAAAUGAGGAAAUCUUAAAAAAAAAGCCAUAUGAGGAUUUAAUUGUUAUGUUGGAUCAGUUGCCCGCCGAUUUACUGGAAGAAUUAUUUUAA